AUGUACACCGCCAACGCUACCCAAGUCUCGUGCACUCGAGCCAACGCCACGCGCGCGCUCCGACGCUCGGGCACGAGCACGACUCGUCGCGCGUCCACCGUCACGCGCGCGUUCACCGAGCACAACGAGGGCGACAUGCUCGCGAAGUACCCGCUCGACGCGGAUACGUACAAGGUUGAGCUCGACUGCUCGCAGUCAAACAUCCAACUCGGUUUGCUCCUCGAAGCCGGCCCGGACGAUCGACCUCGGGUGAAAACGAUUCGCCCGGGAGGAAACGCGAAGGGUAAGGUUAACGUCGGCGACGUUGUGCUCGCCACGACGUACACCGUGCUCAAGGGCGUUCGCGACGAAUCCUGGGGGAGCUCCAUGCGCGGCUGGCUCGACACCGCGGAAACGACCUCCGCGCAAGCCGAAGCGGCGAUGACGACCAACUCGUCGUCCGUCGGUUUGAUCAUGUCCCGCAACUACAAAGCCACCGGGUUGAAGAGGGCCAACGUGGACGAAGACACGCGCUCGUGGGCGGCGCGCGUCGCCGCCGAGGCGCGCGCCAAGCGCGAGCAAUAAUUCUCCGCGCACCCUCGCACACACGGCGUGCACCGUCUGGGCGAUGAAAGCGUCGCACGGCGGCUCGGCGUCGCUCGCGCUCGUUGAACACACAUAAUCACAUUUUAAUACGCAGUCGCGACACUCG